AUGGCCCGGCCCCGCGUGCGGCUUGUGGUCACGGCAGACGACUUUGGCUAUUGCCCGCGGCGCGACGAGGGCAUCGUGGAAGCCUUCCUGGCCGGGGCUGUGACCAGCGUGUCCCUGCUGGUCAACGGCUCGGCCGCCGGGAGCGCGGCUGAACUGGCCCGCAGGCACCGGAUCCCCACGGGCCUCCACGCCAACCUGUCCGAGGGCCGCCCCGUGGGCCCGGCCCGCCAUGGCGCCUCUUCGCUGACCGGCUCCGAGGGCUUCUUCCUCGGCAAGAUGGGAUUCCGGCGGGCGGUGGCGGCCGGAGAAGUGAUCUUGUCCCAGGUGCGAGAAGAGCUGGAGGCCCAGUUGAGCCGCUUCCGGGAAUUACUGGGCAGGGACCCUACUCACGUCGACGGCCACCAGCACGUGCACGUGCUCCCAGGCGUGUGCCGGGUGUUCGCUGAGGCCCUGCAGGCCUGUGGAGUGCGCUACACUAGGCUGCCGCUGGAGCGCGGGGUGGACGGCUGCGCCUGGCUAGAGGCCCCAGCGCGGGACUUUGCCGGCGCCCUGGAGCAAGAUGCCAGCGCUGCCAUCCGUCUCUUCGUUUACCAUGGCCUUCGGUGGACUGACGUCUUCGUGGGCCUCAGCACCUGCGGCCGGCACAUGUCCGCUCACCGUGUGCUGGAGGCACUGACUCGGGCCCUGGAAGGUAUGCCUGCUGGCCAGGUGGUGACGGCUGAGCUGAUGGUGCACCCCGGCUACCCGAGUGUGCCUCCGGUUGGGGGCUGCGGGGAGGGCCCAGACGCCUUCUCCUGCUCUUCGGAUCGCCUGCACGAGCUGCGUGUCCUCACGGCACCCACGCUGCAGGCUCAGCUUGCCCGGGACGGUGUGCAGCUCUGCACCGUGGAAGACCUAGACUGCAAGAGGCCAGGAGAGGGGUCCACCAGCAAAGCCCCUCGGGAAACCUUUCUGGAGCCCUCCCCACCGUGA